AUGUCGUUCAAGAAUCAACUAAAUUUUAAUAUAUCAAAGUCGACCCCCACGACAUCAACCAACAAUACCAAUACGACAAGCAACAGCAAUUUGACAUCUAAUGACAAUCCACAACCAGUUACGGUGAAGCCACCACCAUUUAUACUGAACAUAUUGUUGAAAAGCAACUUUGACAGUUCUGUAUCGACCAACAAUUCCAGCAAGACCCCGCCAAAGUCUUCGUCUCCAAGAUUGUCAGCCACGGGAGUUGUUCCAGCAGUUGUUACUAUUGAUAAUGGUGAAUCAGUAGGUAAUAAUGUAUCUACUACCUCUACAAACUCAUCCAAAACAGAUUUGAUUGGUUUGUUUGAUAAAUUCGAUAUCAAUAAAGAUGAUAAAGAACAGGCUAAAACAGAACAUGAAGAACAUCAACCUUUUACAGAAAAACAUGAGGAUGAUGAAGUCUCCCAAGAAGAUAAACUAGAAAAAAUGGUACUGGAUGAUGACGGUGACGAUGGAGAGUCGCCCAAAGAAAAAGAAGCAGUGUCAGAGAAAGAAGGAACGUCGACUAAGGAUAUCACUUUGUCUCCAUCCAUCAAACAGACUGAACAAAAAAACAACGGAACUACCUCAUUUGCUGCACUUAUGACAAUUCAGCCUUAUAUACUACCUGAAGAAAAAGAGGUUGCUGAAAAGCAGGAAGAAGCAGUUAAUGAUAAUUUGAUUGAUUUGGAUGACACGGAAACUCUCAGCAGUAAAAAUCACAAUUUGCAUGAUGAUCUUGCAAAAUCGGAGUCUACAAACACAAAUCAAGUUGAAAGCAGCACACCAAAAGGUAACUUGCUUGAUAUCGCCGGGUCUGAAAAAGAACAGUCUGCAGUCGAAGAAUUGAGCAUAAAAGUAGGGGGUUCUGAGUCUAAAAGUACUAAUGAUGUACUUACUCAAGAUGUAUCGAUAACCGAUCCAAACAAAGCACACAAACACAGGUUUCAGGUUAAUGAUUCUUCAGAACAAAACAAACAGUCGCAUAAACCAUUUGAUUUUCAAACAUUUUUAGUUCAAUUGCGCAAAAAAUCUGCGGAUCCAAUAGUGAGAUACAUUCGAUCAUUUUUAGGUUCAUUCAUUAGACAGGGUCAUACAUUUACAUCCGAUCAAAGAAUUAAGAUUAUUCUGGAUUUCAAGAUUUUUAUGAAUGAGAAGUUUACAUUGUAUGAACCAUUUGCAUCUAUGGAUCAAAUUGACUUGGAAAAUUCUCGUGAAGGAUUAGAGAAGUUGAUUAUGAAUCGUUUGCAUGAUUUGUGUUUUCCAGCAGAAGUUAUUAAACAACACUUGUCUUACAUCCCUGAAUCUUAUACACUAGAUUUGCAAAAGGAUGAAUCUUUUGCUGUGCAAUUGGAAAAAUUCUCUUGGAUAAAUGGGAACCACUUGGAUAUCGAUAUCAAUGAGUUGGCAAAUAAAAUUGUGAAAAAUGAUCAAUCAUUUCUUGAGUAUGCAAUUACUGAAUUAAACAAAAUCAACAAUUACAGAGCACCACGAGACAAAAUCAUAUGUAUUCUCAAUGCAUGCAAGAUUAUAUUCAGCUAUUUGAAGUUGAGUAAACAGGAAACAAAUGCAGAUUCAUUUAUCCCAAUAUUGAUUCUAGUCAUAUUCAAAGCCAAAACUGACCACUUGAUCAGUAACAUCCAUUAUAUUGAGAAUUUCAGAGGACAAGAGUGGUUAUUACAUGGAGAAACAAGCUACUAUCUUUCAUCCAUUCAAGGUGCAAUUGAGUUUAUACAAAAUAUUACCGCAGAAGAUUUGACUAUAAGUCAAGCUGAAUUUGAUGCACAUAUGGAAGCAUGGGAGGCGCAAGGGAAACAAAAGCUACAACAAUUGAAAUUAGUACAACCAAUCCCAACAAUCCCAACAACACCAACAGAUGGUAGUGGUGAAGCACACUUAAAACCAGAUACGCCCAAUACUCCGAAUGGACUAUCACCUUCGAAGGUAUUAUUUUCUAGUGCAGAAAUGUUUACAAAAUCUAUUACAAACUUUUUGUCGCCACUGCCUCAUUUAUCGGAAUCUGAACCAGAAGAAUUCCAACCACCAGCUAAUCCUCCACCACCUCAAGAGCAGAACGAUCCUUCAGCUCAAUAUCAACCAUUGCCUCCAAGGGAAGAAGAAAUUAAUGCUGAACAGAUGCGAAAAGCCUAUGAUACAUUAAUUGAAAUAUUUCCCUCGUUGGAUACUAACAUUUUGAAAGACGUGAUAUUUAUCAACAGAGGGAAUAUAGAUGUCUGUAUUGAUGCAUGUUUGCAAUUGGUCGAUGGUUGA